AUGAUGGAAGAGGCCCAGAAGGUGAAUAAUCCUGCUAACAGUCAGGCAGCAGAUGGGACACCUAAGGGUCCUGAUGAGAAGGACGAAGUGGUACCUGCCAGCGAGGUGGGGUGGAUGACCUCUGUGAAGGACUGGGCCGGGGUCAUGAUAUCAGCACAGACACUCACCGGCAGAGUCCUGGUCGUGCUCGUCUUUGCUCUCAGCAUUGGAGCACUUGGAAUAUACUUUAUAGACUCUUCUGAUCCCAUAGAAUCCUGUCAGAAUUUCUACAAAGAUUUCACGUUACAGAUCGACAUGUUCUUCAAUGUCUUCUUCCUUCUCUACUUUGGGCUGCGGUUCAUAGCAGCCAAUGAUAAGCUGUGGUUCUGGCUGGAGGUCAACUCAGUGGUGGACUUCUUCACUGUUCCUCCUGUCUUCGUAUCGGUCUACUUGAAUAGGAGCUGGCUGGGCUUAAGAUUCCUGAGAGCCUUGAGAUUGAUACAGUUCUCAGAAAUUUUACAGUUUUUGAAUAUCUUAAAAACAAGCAAUUCCAUCAAGCUGGUGAACCUGUGUUCCAUCUUCAUAAGCACAUGGCUAACAGCUGCCGGAUUCAUACAUUUGGUGGAAAACUCAGGGGAUCCUUGGGAAAACUUCCAAAAUUCCCAGUCACUUUCCUAUUGGGAAUGUGUCUACUUGCUCAUGGUCACUAUGUCAACAGUGGGCUACGGGGAUGUCUAUGCAAAAACCACCCUGGGACGCCUGUUCAUGGUCUUCUUCAUCCUUGGGGGUUUGGCCAUGUUUGCCAGCUACGUCCCUGAAAUCAUAGAGUUAAUAGGAAACCGCAAGAAAUAUGGUGGUUCCUAUAGUGCGGUUAAUGGGAGAAAGCACAUUGUGGUCUGUGGUCAUAUAACGCUCGAAAGUGUCUCCAACUUCCUCAAAGACUUCCUACACAAGGACAGGGAUGAUGUCAAUGUAGAAAUUGUUUUUCUCCAUAAUAUUUCCCCUAAUCUUGAGCUGGAAGCCUUGUUCAAACGCCACUUUACCCAAGUGGAGUUCUACCAGGGAUCUGUUCUCAACCCUCACGAUCUGGCCCGAGUGAAGAUUGAGUCAGCAGACGCCUGUCUGAUUCUGGCUAAUAAAUACUGUCCAGAUCCCGAUGCUGAAGAUGCCUCUAACAUCAUGAGGGUCAUCUCUAUCAAGAACUAUUCCCCCAAGAUACGAAUUAUCACUCAAAUGUUACAAUACCAUAACAAGGCUCACCUGCUCAACAUUCCUAGCUGGAACUGGAAGGAGGGUGAUGAUGCGAUCUGUCUAGCAGAGCUGAAGGCUGGCUUCAUAGCUCAGAGCUGUCUGGCCCAGGGCCUCUCCACCAUGCUGGCCAAUCUCUUCUCCAUGAGGUCUUUCAUCGAGAUUGAAGAGGAUACGUGGCAGAAGUACUAUUUAGAAGGGGUAGCUAAUGAGAUGUACACAGAGUAUCUGUCCAGUGCCUUUGUGGGGCUCUCCUUCCCAGCAGUCUGUGAGCUGUGCUACGUGAAGCUGAAGCUGUUGCUUAUCGCCAUCGAGAACAAGUCGGAGCUGGGAGAGAGCAGAAGCCGAAAGCGCAUCCUCAUCAACCCGGGGAACCACGUAAAGAUGCAGGAAGGAACUCUGGGGUUCUUCAUCGCCAGCGACGCCAAAGAAGUAAAGAGAGCAUUUUUCUACUGCAAAGCUUGUCAUGACGACAUCACAGACCCCAAACGGAUCAAAAAGUGCGGCUGCAAACGACUGAUUUAUUUUGAAGAUGAGCACCCGUCAACUCUGUCGCCCAAAAAAAAGCAGCGGAACGGAGGCAUGCGAAACUCACCCAACAACUCGCCCAAAAUGAUGAGGCAUGACCCUCUACUAAUCCCUGGGAACGAGCAGAUGGAGAACAUGGACAUGAAUGUGAAGCAGUAUGACUCCACAGGAAUGUUCCACUGGUGCCCAUCUAAAGAGAUUGAGAAGGUCAUCCUGACCCGGAGUGAGGCAUCCAUGACGGUGUUGAGCGGCCAUGUAGUGGUCUGUAUAUUUGGAGAUGUCACGUCCGCUCUAGUGGGGCUGCGAAACUUGGUGAUGCCUUUGAGAGCCAGCAACUUCCAUUAUCACGAGCUGAAGCCCAUAGUGUUUGUGGGCUCGCUGGAGUACCUGAGGAGAGAGUGGGAAACCCUACACAACUUCCCCAAGGUCUCCAUACUACCUGGUACGCCAUUAAGUCGUGCAGAUUUAAGGGCUGUCAACAUCAACCUCUGCGACAUGUGCGUGAUACUGUCGGCCAAUCAGAACAAUAUCGACGACGCCUCGCUGCAGGAUAAGGAAUGCAUUCUGGCGUCGCUCAACAUCAAGUCUAUGCAGUUUGACGACAGCAUCGGGCUCUUGCAGGCUAACUCCCAAGGUUUCACGCCUCCUGGAAUGGACCGGUCAUCUCCAGACAGCAGUCCAGUACAUGGUUUAGUACGCCAGGCCUCCGUCACCACCGGCGCCAACAUCCCCAUCAUCACUGAACUAGUGAACGACUCCAACGUUCAGUUCCUGGACCAAGAUGAUGAUGAUGACCCGGACACAGAGCUGUACCUGACACAGCCCUUCGCCUGCGGAACCGCCUUCGCUGUCAGCGUGCUGGACUCUCUCAUGAGUGCAACAUACUUCAACGAUAAUAUCCUCACCCUAAUCCGGACGCUGGUGACUGGGGGAGCCACCCCGGAGCUAGAGGCUCUAUUGGCCGAAGAGAACGCCCUGCGAGGGGGCUACAGCACGCCACAGACACUGGCCAACCGAGACAGGUGUCGUGUAGCCCAGCUAGCCCUCUAUGACGGGCCCUUUGCCGACUUGGGGGAUGGCGGUUGCUAUGGAGAUUUGUUUUGUAAAGCGUUGAAGACGUACAACAUGUUGUGCUUCGGAAUCUACAGAUUGAGAGACGCUCACCUCGCCACGCCUAGCCAGUGUACCAAACGGUAUGUGAUCACCAACCCUCCGUAUGAGUUUGAGCUGGUCCCCACAGACCUGAUCUUCUGCCUGAUGCAGUUUGACCACAACGCAGGCCAGUCCCGGGCCAGCCUCUCCCACAGCUCUCACUCCUCCCAUUCCUCCAGCAAAAAGAGCUCGUCCGUCCACUCCAUCCCCACCACCAACCGGCAGAACCGCAGCAGCAAGGCCCGGGAGGCCGGCCACAAACAGAAUGCAACAAGGAUGAAUAGAAUGAGCCAAGAAAGGAAAUGGUUUACAGAUGAACCAGAAAAUGCCUACCCACGGAACAUUCAGAUCAAGCCCAUGAGCACUCACAUGGCCAACCAAAUCAACCAAUACAAAUCCACUAGCAGUCUGAUUCCACCAAUCAGAGAAGUUGAAGAUGAAUGCUGA